AUGUCCGAAUUCCCAACCAAUCCUGUCCUCGUCCAAGCCAUAAAGGUCGCUCAACCUUUCACAGGUUCAACUCGCUCAGUCUUUAACUUACGUGAAUUUUUGUUAUCCUUAGAUUUAAAAUUUGGUCUUCAUCAUAUUACUGAUGACUUCCGUAAAAUUUGCAUCUUUGCUGACAAUAUUGGAGGUAAAGCUACACAAUGGUUCCUUAACUUCUCUGCUGAUCAUGAUCUACAUUCCAUUUCCUACUCCACCCUGGUCUCUCAAUUCACUGCCUCCUUUGGUGCACAACUAGAUGUGUACGACAUCAGUCGUAAAAUUUGUUCAUUAAAACAACAUAAUAACAUCGACGGAUACAUCAAAGAGUUUUACCAGUACAAAAACCUGUUACCCGAGGGUGCCAUGAGCGAACAGAUACUCAUAAGUUAUUUUAUUCAAGGGUUAAAACCCGACACUAGAAAGGCUGUCGUCUUACAGUCUCCGACAACAUUUCAUAAAGCCACUGAACUUGCUCGCAAAUGUGAGCACUGCUUACUAGAUCCAAUUACGAUUAAUUACUCAGGUGACGUCUCACCUAAUUCUGGUUCCUACCAAUUAGAUAGUGACGGUGAUACUAUUAUGGCUAUUCAUUCUAACAACCGUUACCGUAGAGGUUAUUCUACGCAUUCUACUAACAUUACAUCUUUCAGGAGAGGAAGAUCCCAGAACUCAGCUGAUACCACUUCUUCCAAUAAACGUGAUAAAGAGGACCUUCGUCGAAGUCCUACUUCACUGGUUAGUGAAGAUUUAGUUGCCAAAAACGGAUGGAAACCGUACACUGUCCCACCAUUCAUAUGGAAAGGUGCUAUCGCAGAUCGAACCUCUACUACUACCAAGGCCGUUCAAUGUAAACUUUUAGACAAUAAGACAUCAUACGAAUUCAACGCUUACGUCACUCCAGAAUUACACAAUCAAGUCAUUGUUGGCAAUCCUAUCAUCGAACAUUAUCCAGAACUACUUUCUACAACUAAUAAUAUCACUAAUUUCAAUACUACAACUGACAUUACCAUAGGUGCUAUAGAUCAAAUUUUUGACACAGACGUAGAAGAAAUUUUUUGGUACAAUUAUCCAAGAAUGAAAAUCCAAUCAACCCCCAUCACCAUGAACUUCCUAUAG